UGAGCGAAGGUUACGGCGCUGUAAGCACAAUAUGCUCCUAAACCAGUUUUACGGUGAGAUUGAUUGAUCGCCUAUCGGCCUUCCAACUUUGUAUGUUGACUGUCGCGAGAGGCUAUCACAUGUGUCUCACGAGCUGUAGAACCAGUGUAUGUUGGCGGUGCAGAGGCACACUACUCACACUAGGAUCAAAUUUUUCUAUUAUUUGCCGAUCGUUUGGAUAAAUUACACCCUAAUUGGCGUUAUUUAGACCAACAAUUAAUUGCCUCAUAUUUGUAAACCGUCUCAGGAAACCUCCGAUCGGGUUCCCUCUGCAUAUACACGACGGCAGCAUGGCGGAAGAGAAGACAAAAUUGCCUCGCCAUCAUGGGCGGUAUUCCGAAGACAUGGUGGUGUUCAAAGGCAUGCUGGCUUAUAUGCCGCAAGUACGCAGCAUGAAAGUUAGAGACGACGACCUGAUUAUUGCCACUUGGAUUAAAUGUGGAACCACGUGGGCGCAGUCAAUUAUUCUACACAUCUUAAACGACGCUGACGUCAGCAAAGUCUCUAGUGGUGGCAAGACGAUUGACAAAUUAUUCCCAAUGAUCGAGCAAAUAAACUUAUCUCUUCUCUUCGCCGAGCCAGAAACGAUUGAAGUUGAAGACAUUGAGGAGAUGCCAUCGCCUAGAUUCCUUAAAACGCACAUUCCCUUGCGGUAUCUGUGCGACGAUAUCAAGAAUCGACUCAAACGCCCGAAGAUCAUCUACGUCUCUAGGAACCCGAAGGAUGCGCUCACGUCUCUAUACCAUUUUGACAUGAAGGGGUUUUACGUUCCGGGUGUCACCGACGACGAUUACAGCGCUGCUCCGCUCUCGCACUUGCUCCAGGAGUUUUACAACGACGACUGCGUGUUUGGUUCGUACUGGAAGCACAACCUGGAGUUCUGGAAUCGAAGGAACGAUGAGAACGUGCUAUUCAUAUUCUACGAAGAUAUGAUAAAAGAUCAUGCUGGUCAGGUGAAGAAAAUCGCCGAUUUCUUGGACAAGAAGUUGACUGAUGAGCAAAUUCAACAGAUCGUCGAGAAGACAAGCUUUUUAAAGAUGAGGAGUGACACUUUCUCUAAUUAUUCGCAUAUAAAGGCAAUACAGUCACCGACUGCCACCCCAUUCCAAAGAAAGGGGGUAGUUGGCGAUUGGAAGAACCAUUUUACCGUAGCCCAAAGUGAGGAAUUCGACAAAGUAUAUCAGGAGAAAUUCGCAGGAACAGGACUGCAGCACAUUUUCGAGAUUUGAUACAUUUGAAAGAAUUGAGGAUAAUGUCGGGAUGACAGAAAUGUUACAGUUGAGUUAUGACUUUUUUCAAGUGUUUUAUGUCUAUCAGUGGCACGACGUCAUGGCUGUCUACGAGAAUUAAACAAUACAGCACAGCGUCCUAAUACAACUAAUAUAAUUGGAACUAAUUUACUCAUAUAACUGCUGUUAAUUCGUAUUUUUAAUAUGGGAUUUACGAUUUGUUCGAUCAUCUAUUUGUAGGAAAUAAAAACAUUGUCUCACUCUCUC